ACCAUCGCCAAUAGAUAUGUCUGUAUGAACAUGGAUGAUGUCAAGAGAUGGAAUGUAACCUACACAAAGCAUAUAAAACGGAAAAGGAAAGUUUAUCAAGAUGGUGUCUUAGUGCUCCACAGCUUACUCAACAAGGUUGUGCUUUACGAUGAAUGUGAGAAAUUAUUGAAUAGUAGAUUUCUGAAGAAAGAUGAGUUUGUUGAAUCCGGUGAAACAGUGGCAUUGGAUACUUUUCUUGUUGACAUUGGAGAUCCCAAAGGAGAUCCUAAGCCCUUGCCAGAGUCUAAUUUUCUCAGAAGAGACCAGAAAAUUACAGGGAAAGGCAGGUUGAUGCAUGGACAAAGUUUUGGGAAUAAUUCAGCUUGUGUUGAUAGGAAGACCUGUGCAGAGAAGAAUAAAGAACCUUCGAGUAUUCCAAGUUCUUCACAUAAAAUUAUUCGAGAAUGGCAGGUCCUGUAUACCACACAAAUUACUCAAAAGGCCAAGAAGUAUCAUGAUGGCAUCUUACAACUUGCAAUUUGUGGGUCCCAAGGGAGACAGGUUAUUUUACUGAAUGAAGGUAGAGCCACCCUCAGUAGUAAAUACCUCAAGUCAUCAGAAUGUGUGAGCACUGGGAGUACAAUUGAAAUACAAAAAUAUUUAGCUGAGGUUGGCGAGCCAUGGACAAGUUCUGAAGGAGAGUUUCAAAAUGAUAAUUGUUUUAGGAAAGAUGCGGAUUCAAGUUCCUGCAGCCUGAGCACUGACAGGAUCAAAUUGAGUAUGAAAGUGUCUAAAAAGAAGCCUCUACGUGAUGCCCAUCAAAUUUUGUCCAUUCUCAAAAGGCCUAUGGCUCUAGAAAAUAUUGCUAACAUGACAAAGACAAAUAUGGAGCAGUGCCAUGUGUCAGAGUCCACAGACUUGGUUCAAUUUGACCUUAAGGAUAAAGUACGGGGACAACUUGAGCAAGACCCAAAGAGUUUAAACACAGAUGCAGUUGAAAAUCAUGAAUAUGACUUUAAAGUUUUAGAGGAAAGAGUGAUUACAAUGCAGCCCCACAAAAAUGAGACUUCAGUACCCAGAGCUGUUUAUAAUGAUGUUUCACGUGAUAUCAUUAGAUUUGCAGAUUCUGAGAAAAAUGGACUAAACAGCUCUACUCCAUCGAGUUUAUCUAUUGGAUCAGGAGCAUCAAACAUCUUGAGACCCUAUUCUGAUGCAGCAUCUCCUGAUGAGAGCAGAAUGAGGCAGGCUUCAUGCACUUACAAGCAUCACAUUUCAGACUCAGAUACCAUUCAUGUACCUGAAGAUUCCCAGGCACCAAGUGCAAUGAUGCCACUUAAUGGAUCAGCUGAAAGUACAAGCACGGGCGAGUCGCUAGGGCAAACAUCAUCCAAUCCCAUUGGAGGCAUGGAGAGUGAUCCUAGAUGGUCUGAGAAAACAUUCAUAUCUGGUUUAUCAAGAUCAAGUGCUGCUUCUCAGGGGCCCUACGAUGUUAAGAGGGAACGUUCUGAGGAGCCUAUUAAUGUGCAAGACUCAAACGCAUGCCCAAGCUAUGAUCUUGGAUUUUGAACGGCUAGGACAAGUUCAUUUUUGAGAUUAACACCAUUGAUUGUGUUUGACCAUUUUUAAAAUGUUACAAAUCUGGUAUAUUGUUCUAAAGCUGUAUAUAUGACAUGUAUGAAUUUAACAGGACCAUCAAGGGGUUUUUUUUUUUUUUUUGACCAUUACUAAUCUCUUGCUGAUUUUGAGUAAACCAAACAGCUGCUGUAUGUCCUCCUCUUAACACAAUUUGACAUGGUUAAAGGGCGUGUACGCGCACGCCCGUGCAUGUUCUAUUUA